AUGGGCCAAAUCUAUUCAAAAGUAUACGACGAGGCCAUUAAGCUCCGAGAACUCCUAUCCGAGAUAUCCACCACAAAACGAUGUUUCGACGAUCUGGUUUCUCGAGUCUGGACCCCAACAUUGCCGGUCUCGAACCCCACCUCCUCAUUCUGGCAAAACGACCCGAUAUUCCCGGAGCUGGUCAACAUGCAAUCUGAGACUCUCCCAGAUACCGCCGACAUUGUAAUUAUUGGGUCAGGCAUAUCCGGUGCCAGCGUGGCAUACUCGGUUCUAAAUGGUGUCCGGAACGACCAGAGAGAUAAGCAGCCCUUGAAGAUAGUCAUGAUCGAAGCAAGGGAGACUUGCAGCGGUGCUACCGGAAGAAAUGGAGGGCAUAUCAAAUGCGCCGCGUAUUUGGAAUAUUCCUCUCUCAAAUCAAGAUACGGAAUCGAUAGCGCGAAGAAAAUUUUACAAUUUCAGAGACGACAUAUGCCACUCCUACUUGAUAUGGUACAGCAGAUGGGAUUGGAUUCCGCAGAGGCAAGGGAAGUGGAGACGGUAGACGUCUUCACCGAUGCGAAGGUAUGGAACGAGGCAAAGAAGAUGGUACAACAAUCAAGGGAAGAUGUCCCCGACACAGCUGAAGACAUUCUCGUCCAUGAUGAUUAUGUAUCGAGACUAGGACCCCCCGCUACCGAUAUACAAAUCGAAUAUAAAGACACUGACCGGCCAUUUGUGGUCACCACACCAAGGGGAGACAUCCGUGCAACACAUGUUGUACAUGCCACGGAUGGAUUCGCCGCGAAUCUCAUCCCGGGAAUAAAAGGGAAACUUUUCCCGAUACGGGGACACAUGACUGCUCAAAGCCCUGGAGCUUAUUUUUCAACACUUGAAGGUUCACGAUCAUGGUGUAUUCAUCACAAGCGCGGUUUCGACUAUAUCAGCCAACGACCCGGUGAAGGCGAGCUUAUGGUUGGGGGUGGGGUGGUUCAGUCAGAGGAAAAGGGAAUGGAGGAGUUUGGUAUCUGGAGAGACGACCAAAUCAGUUAUCGUAUUCUUGCGUAUCUGUAUGGCAUCAUGCCUACUAUGUUCGGUACCAAUAGCUGGGGUGUCGAUGAAGCUCCCCGGCCGAAGCAAGCAUGGACUGGCUGUAUGGGAUUUACGCCAGAUCUUCUACCUUAUGUUGGCAAGCUGGAGCAUAGUCUUACUCAACGGAAACUAGAGACUCUGUCGCGAGAAGGUGACAAAAAGGAGGCAGCCGAGUGGAUCUCGGCAGGAUUUCAAGGGGAAGGGAUGGUUAUGGCGUGGUUAUCAGGUGUUGCUGUGGGUUUGAUGAUUCUAGGGGACGAGGAUGAUGCAUUUGUGGAAUGUUCAGGGAUACCCGGAGGAAAAGUUAAGGAUUGGUUACCUGCAGAGUUCGUUUGUUCCAAACGAAGGGUCGACAAGUUGAGUAUAACAGACCUAGCAACGCUUCUGUAG